AUGAAUUAUAAUAAUAAUAUUAGUGGGGCAUCAGUCGGGGACACUGGAAUGGCCUCACCAACAAAGAUUAAGGAACAACAGCAGAGUGGUGGCCGCACCAAUAUUGAUUUGGACUUGGAUCUAUCAUCAUUGCCAGAUGUUCCAACAAGUAUACCAGACAUACAAUCACAUAAACCAGGCAGUCCAAUCGUCUCCCACAAGAGAUUCAAUCACAGCAGUACCAGUCCACAAUCACUCGGCAACUCAACAUCAUCAUCUCCACUCUCACACAAUACAUCAAGUUCAAGUAACUCCAACACCAACACAAGCUCCAACAACACAAACUCAAACUCCAACAUAACUACAUCAACUUCCAACUCUGGCAGCAAUAUAGGAGGAUCAACAACUUCCACGUCAAACGGCCCCAACUCAAAUAUGAUGGUGCCGACUUCAUCAACUUCAUCGACUUCAACAACAUCAACUUCGACAUUGGCUUCAAGUGAUCAAUUAUUACAAAAUCAGAAUAUUAUACGUGAGGGCAUACUAAAGAAGAAGGGAGGCGGCGAAGGUGGUCGCCGCAAUUGGACCACGCGAUGGUUCUGCUUGAAGGCAGGCGGCACGCUGUCGUACUACAAGAAGAAGAAGGAUGCCAAGGCCAAGGGAGUGAUAGUGUUGGCAGCCGCCAAGGCCGAGCUCUACACGGCCAAGCCUUUUGGCAUCAUUUUGCGCUCUGGCGUCAGCGAGAAGAGCAUGUCCAGGGAUUAUUUAUUGAUGGCUUCGUCGGCCAAAGAGCAGGAAGAGUGGAUCGCCUCAAUCAACGAUGUCAUUGCUAGAAUAAAG